AUGUUACUUAUUCUUACGUCUAUACUUUUGUUUCAGCAGGCUGCUGCUCAAUACGUGAGUGGUGUCAGUUGGCCUAACUCUUUUCCAAAGCAAAUUGCUAUUGGCCGCCGCCGCCAGGGGUUGACUACUGCGGAAUAUCUAUAUCACCAUACCAUUGUCCACGGCCAAAAGGCAUGGAACGCUCCAGAUAGUGUGGACCAACCUCUCGCUUACAUCCAAGACCAUAUCUUCGAUUCAGCCUAUGGCAUCAACACAACGGCUAACUUGCCGCAACCCAACUAUUUCGGCCAUAAUGAUAUAACGGAGUUAUACAGCCGUUCGCAGGACGCUUUCGCCACUCCACCACCAAACAACUAUACUAUGGACGUCAUCGGACCAGAUGGCAAUGCCUUUAACGACUUUUCAGCCUCCGUUAACAUGUACGCCACAGAGGUUUUUGAAAAAGUCAACAGCACUUGUCAGCCUGCUGAUUCGUCCUUCAAUGCUUUUUACUGGGCCUUUGCAAACAAUACCAACGCCAACAGCUCCUCAUUCGACAAUAGCACAUUUGCCGCCACUAUCAUGCAAACACUCCUUGAGUCCAUGCCAUCUAGUACUAUCUACAACGCUAGUAUCCAUACUUCAGUACCAGGCCUCGACUCCCGCCCAUAUUACGGCGGUUUCAACAAUCCAACGAUCAACGCUGUCCUGAAAUUCUGGCUCUGUGAUGGCAACCUAAGUGUUUUUAGGUUCAGAAAUGCAAUGAAAAGCAUUAUUACAAACAAUGAUAUCUUGGGCGUCAAUCUAGAUCAGAGUUUUGUUGUCUUUAGUCGCUCAGUACUCAUUUACGAUCGUAGUACAAAAACUCCCUUUGACAUGGAGAGAGCUACUAAAGCUCUUGUUGUUGAUCAGUAUCGUAGUGACGCUAGUAUGAAUCCGAUGUAA